CCAGCUGCUGGAUCUCGCCAUCGGGAUGCCCCAGAAUGGAGUCAUCCACUUUGCGGCCAUGAGGAAACUGCUGCGGGCCGUGCUGGGACACCUGGAUGUGCAGUACCUGACAGCCCAGGAGCCGUGGACAGGCGAGCUGCGUGGCCCCUCACUUGCUGAGUUGGCUGCUGAUGUAAAACAAAUGAAGCAGGAGAUGGAAUCCUAUAAGAAACUCAUGUCUGAGGAGAUUAGUGGGAUAAAGGCUGAACAUUCCCGUGUGUCAGAGGACAUCAGAAAGAUCCUGGAGGCGCAGUCCUACAUGGCAGAGGACAUAAAGAAGCUCCAGGAAGAGUAUUACCAGGCCAUGGCUGACUACCAGAAUCUUCGGGAGGAGAUUGGCAUGAUUAAGACAACACAGUCCCACAUGGCAGAGAAGAUGAGAGAGACAUUUGCAUCGAUGAAGAAGAUGGACGACAACAUCGGAAAGAUGAGGGAGGAUGCAGAGAUGUGGAAAGAAGAGAUCAGUGAGCAGAUGACUCAACAACUGGAGUCCGUGCUGCAGGAGACAAAGACUGAACUAAAGAAGAUGGAGGAACAGCAGGAGAUGAGGAAUGCCAUGCUGGAAGAGAUGGUGAAUGAGGCAACCAACCAGAUGAAUGCUCAGCUGGGCGAGCUGGCAGAGAUAACAGGGACUAUGCAGGAGGAGACAGAGAUGGAGGAGCCAGACUGUUCCAACUGCACCUUCAACAUCAGAGUGUUUUUGGGGGAGCUCGUCAAGCGCUGUGAGAAACUCGAGGAGGAGGUGGACUCCCUGGAGUCACAGCACACAGCCGUGGGCAAGGUGGAGAACAUCAUAAAGCAAAGGAGACAGGUAGGGUGUUGGCACCACGGGGGACUCGGGA